AAAGGCGUUUAUGUUACUGAGGAGGAGGCCCCGUUCCCAGGUAGGCCGCUCUUUUCGGCGCCCGCUCUCGUGGUCCGCUGCCCCCUGCAGGAGAAGGCCGGGGAGAGCGAAGGCGGCGGAGCAACAGAGGCGGGAGCCGCAGACGACGACGACAGUGGCGCCGCCUUCGCCUCUCCUUCUCCACGCCCUUCCCUACGAGCACUUCCGAGGUCGAGGCCUGGAAGCGGCUGCGCGGACCCGGACGGCGACGGGACCUGCUCCCGAGAGGGCGGAACGCGGAGGCACCUCAUCGAGAACGAGCCGGAGGCGUCGUGUGAAGUUGCUCGGCUGAGGCGGCCCCUGGGGACACGGUGCCCGCAGCCGCCAUGUCUCGCGGCUCGAUCGAGAUCCCCCUCCGGGACACGGACGAGGUGAGGGGCGGCGCGGGGGUCUCCGGGGGGCGCUCGUGGUGGUGGGGGGCUCCUCUUUAUUGAGGAGUUCAGCCGCUGGCUUCGCUUUUCUCCUUCCCGCCUGUUCCUUGGAGGGAGAGGUGUAAUGAGGGGCUUAAGGGCGACCCCGCGCCCGCCUUCCCUCGUCACCCAGUGCGUUUUGCAGAGUUGUGGAAAGUGAUGUUACAACCCACUCAGCUGCUGAUUCUAGGCCCGUAAGAUUAACUUUCCUCGUGUGUGUGUGUGUGUGUGUGUGUGUGUGUGUGUGAGAGAGAGAGAGAGAGAGAUAUACACACACACAGGACAGUACUGAUAAACGUGUCGUUUUUUUCCAUCCUUGCGCAUUCUUAGCAACCGCAGGUGUGUGCACAUGGGACCUGGGCGCCUAGUAGCCACUUCUUGGCUUUGUAUUUUAAAAGCGUUUGCCUCGUUUAGAAUUGCCACUGGAAAUACAAACAUGCAUUCAAAGAGGAUUUUAAUGUUGUCCUUCUUUGCCUGCAUGGCUAUUGGUUGGGCCUGAUAGGUGCUGCUAGACCAGUGUUUCCCAAACUUAGGUCUCCAGCUGUUUUUGAAGUAUAAUUCCCAUCAUCCCUGACCAUUGGUCCUGCUGGCUAGGGAUGAUGGGAGGUGUCCAGAAACAGCUGAAGACCCAAGUUUGGGAAACACUGUGCUAGACUGAUACAACAACUAGCUUAGAAUUACUUCACAUAAGACCUUUUCUACACAGGUAUAGCGGUUGUGCAGGAAAGUACAUAAAUCUUGCAUGCGAUCCAUUUCAGGGAUGCAGGGGUUCUUAUUUUUCUGCAUGUCCCUGUGUAGGAAAGCCAUAUUAUGUAAGGUGUCCCUCAGCUCAAUAGUUUAUUCUUUGAGCAUGUUGAGCGGUCAGAACAGUUAAAGCAUCUUUGGGAGCUAACUAGUGUGUAUUACCAUAAAAUGUGCUUGAAAACUUUCCUCAAGGUGCAUGAGCAGAAUAGUACAUGCCUUAAUAGCUCAUAAAGUUAUUAAUAUUUACAAUAUCACUUUUUUUUUAGGUCAUUGAGCUUGACUUCGAUCAGUUACCGGAGGGGGAUGAAGUUAUAAGCAUUCUGAAACAGGAACAUACUCAACUGCACAUAUGGAUUGCUCUAGCGGUUAGUUUUUUGCCAAUUCAUUGUAGCUGAUUUAUUUACUUACUAUGCUUGUAUCCCAUCCUUAUCUCUCACCUGAUACUGCAUUAGCAGAGACGAUUAAUUGCCAAAGCCAUAGAUGUUAUGUAAAAGUAAUUACCUCUGAGUUCAAAAGGACUUGCUCUCCAGUAAUUGUGUUUAUGAUUAAAGCUUUCAUCUUAAAAUGAGCACUUGUAUGUAUACUUCUGAAUGUUAUGCAUUUUAAGUUUUGAAAUAACUGCUCUUGUUUUUCGUCUCACGCUCCAAUUUGUAUUUUUGUUCCCUGAUCAAAAAACACAUUUAUGGGUCUCUUAUAUAUGUGAAAUUAGGACACAUUAAUUUCGUUAGCUGAUCCAUGCACAUAAAGAAAUCCAUUAAAUGAAAUAGUGGCAUGUUACAGGAACAUGUCGUAACGUCAGUGCCUGAAACAGAUUGCUUGAUCAGAGUGUACCUGUGUGCUGCUAGUCAUAAUUAGGUCCAAAAUGAGUGUGUCACAUGUUACUUGAAAUGAAGAAUGGAUGGUAGGUAUUUAAAAGGGAGGUUGGCACUUUAGAAAUUAAAUUUAGGCCUUACCUCACUGCAUGCUGCUUUCCCACAAAAAUGUGCAAAAUGGGCUCACAAAACAACAGCAAUACGUAUCAAUACGCCAAUCUAUAUCAGUACAAUAUAAUUCCAAUGCAUUUCAAAACAUGACAAAUUUAAACAAUCACUUUGAUAAUACUAACACAUUUUAAUUUCCUUAUAAAAUGCUCAGUAAUAAUUAAGACAUAUAUUGAUGUUAUUUGUUCAAAAUAUAACCAGAAUUUCAUAGGAUAAAACUUCUGUUAUAACCAGCAGCUAGUUCCUCAGAAGUACAGGAAAUGGCAAUCAAUUUCGUUACAGCUUGCAGGAGAUGAUACCUUGCAUGCCCCGCUCUCUCUUAUAUUCUGGUAUACAGUGGUGCCUCGCAAGACGAAAUUAAUUCGUUCCGCGAGUUUUGUCGUCUUGCGAUUUUUUUCGUCUUGCGAAGCACGGUGUCGGGAAAGUUUUGGAAAAGCUUCAAAAAUCACCAAAGUCUUUAAAAACCUCAAAAAAGGCUACCACACCGCGUUCUAUGAGUUGCUCCUCGAAGUCAUGUCGCAACUGUAUUAAGGGUGUUAAGAAAAAGGAAACAAACUUGCAAGACGUUUCCGUCUUGUGAAGCAAGCCCAUAGCAAAAAUCAUCUUGCGAAGCAGCUCAAGAAACAAAAAACCCUUUCAUCUAGCGAGUUUUUUGUCUUGCGAGGCAUUUGUCUUGCAAGGUACCACUGUAGUUCUUAAAGGCCCCAACAGUGAUGGGUGGUGGUGCCUGCUAUAUCUGGAGGGCCUGUUAUGGCUGCAGGUUAUACUAAGCCACUUUGGAAGCUGUAUGUUUUCAAUUUCUCUGGAGCAGGACUCUUCCUAUAGCAGUGGAUCCCUUGCAUGCCUGACUGUCUCGUAUAUUGUGAUGCAGUUCUUAAGGGUUCCCAUUACACUUGCCAGUCCACUACUGACAAAAACACAUUUUGCUUGGGCCGCAGCACAGAAUCACUGGGAGCCUCUGCCUUUCUUUUGUACCUUGAGAAGUUAUGAGGACUCCUCCCUAAAACUUACUUCAGAAGUAUGGGAGAAUGGCAGGGACUGUCCCUGAUGCUCUGCUACUUCAAGAGCAAUGAUAUGUCUUUUUGCUUUAUUAAUAUAUGCACAGUUGGAAUGAGCUCCCACCCUGCCUCUGCAGGAACUCUCCCCACCCCAUACACAAGUGUACUAGGUUUCAAUCUCAGUGUAAUGUCAGGUGAUCCUGUUCCUUCCCUCUGAGAUGUGCAACAGGGAGAACAGUUUUGGCUGCCUACAAAGACAAGUGCAAGGUUUGUCAGCACCUGAAAUGAUCAGUGAAUUUUCCAGUUCCCUUUAAGAUUGUACAGAUCAUAUCUACACUUCUUGUAACUGUUUUUAUCAGUGAAGGUUAUUGGUGACGGCAGCAUUCCCCAUUCAUCACUUGCAGUAAACUGUAGAAUAAGCAGUUUUUGAAUUUGCUUUGUUGGUUUAUAUAGUACAAUAGUUGAAUGAACAAACACUAACAUGAAAACGUUUUAUCUAAUAUUAACCAUAAAUCGAUGAUUUCUCCCCCUAGUAGAGUUAUACAAAAAAACCGUACAUAUGCCUCUGUAUUUCCUUUUUCUAGCUGGAAUAUUACAAGCAAGGCAAAACAGAAGAUUUUGUGAAACUGUUGGAGGCUGCUCGUAUAGAUGGAAACCUGGAUUAUAGAGACCAUGAAAAAGAUCAGAUGACUUGUUUAGAUACCUUAGCAGCCUACUAUGUACAACAGGCUCGGAAAGAAAAGAAUAAAGACAACAAGAAAGAACUCAUUACACAAGCUACACUGUUGUACACUAUGGCUGAUAAAAUCAUCAUGUAUGAUCAGGUAAGAACAAAUAAAGUUGGAGUAAAAACAUCCUUUUUUGUAUGCUUGCUUUGCAACAUUAUAAUGCCAGUAAACUAGUUGGGACGUUGAAGUAACACCCACAUCUUGCAUAUAGGUGGUGUGAUAGAUAGAUGAUAGAUAGAGUGCUGUUUUCUUAAAGAUUGCCUCAUCUCAAGAGAUAGCAAGUGCAAUGGAAUGAUUUACUCACAGCUGCUCUAAACAGUCUGGCUUGGGAGAUUGAAAGCUGGAUAACACAUGCAGAACCUUAUUCCUAGAUGUGGUUUGCUUUCAUUUGUGCAACACACAUACACCACACUGUAUGCUCCAGCUCAUUUGCAAGCAGAAAACUUUGAGCUUAUGGGUUGCUGCUGUUGCUGGAACACAGCGGAUAAUUGCUGAAGGGAAUGGAGCCACUGUGGUCAUUUUACCAGCUGUUUGAAUAUAACAAUAAAAUUGGCUUUACCUCUUAAUCAAGUAUAAUACGUUCUUGGCCAAAUUUUGCUAGUGUUUUAUGGAGUCUCUUCCCCGCCCCUCUUCCGUAUUCCUGACCUGUGGAAGUACCAGGAGUAUUCAUUUUUUUAAAAAAAUAAGGCACAUAAAACUACUUGGAAGUAUACAGCAUCCUCUUUGCAUGUGAAAGGUUCCAGACUCCAUGCUUGGAACAGGAUCCUGUUUAAAAUCCUGGAGAGCCACUGCCAGUCACUGUUUAGUCUACAGCUGACUGCUGAAUUAGGUGAAACAAUGGUCUAACUUGUUAUAAGGCAUUUUCUUACGUUUCUAUUAUAGUAAUAGGGGAAUGGGACAUCCUAAACAGCAGGGGAAAGGGAGAAAGGGAAGCAUGUCAGAAAUAAAGACAGUAGUAGCAGUAUACUGAUAGUUUUCAUGAGGAUCUUGUAGAGAAAUAAGGAGAGAAACUGGACCAUGGGGAUGUUUGAAAUAACUACAAAACUCAUAUAAUUGUGGGUUAUUGCAUCAGCAGUAAGCCCUAAAAUGGGGCAGUUGAGGUGGAAGACUGGAAGCUUUGAAUCCAUUGGGCAGAAUAGAACUGAAGAGUCACUGCCGUGUCUUGAAGCCCUGCCAUUCGUACCAGUCAGGGCAGAAUGUGGGGCAGUGAAUUUGGUCUUCUUUGAAUCUGUAGUUUACUAAACAUGAAUUGCACAUCAAGUAUUUAUUCACAAGGCAUGCUGCUAUCAGGCAAUGUGCAGCAGAGGGGUCUGUAUGUAUCUUAAGCAUCUAGGAUACCCUGCACUAAAAUGCUUAAUUUGGGGACUUAACUAGUGCUGGAAGAAUUCACAAUGAGCAAUCCUUUGAUUCAACUCUUAAAACAUUUCUUGAAAGACAAUUCACAUCUGUAUCUUGCUUUCCAGAACCACUUAUUGGGAAGAGCUUGUUUCUGUCUUCUGGAGGGUGAUAAAAUGGAUCAAGCUGAUGCACAGUUUCAUUUUGUUCUCAACCAGUCUCCAAAUAAUAUUCCAGCCCUUCUCGGUGAGAUGUGAAAUAUCUUUUUGGAUGCUUUCCCUUCACACAAUUUCUGUCUGGUUUUUAACCAGUAAAACUUUAGGCUCAAUAUACCUUUAGAAACCACUGCUUUUCCUUUUACCCUUGAUCAGUUUCAAAGGCCAUAAAAAUAGCUGCCUCCUCUUUGUAUAAAACUGCCUUACACUGCAGGCUUGUCAGUCCAUUUGAGCACCUUAGAGAAGAGUUAUGAGACUACCUAAUUUGGCAGGCAACAGGACUCAAGAGUUAAGUUCAGUGCUUGAAUUACAAGGCAGGAAGAGAGAGCCACAUUCACCUUUUUUAAUGGCUUCUUUAGGUACACAUGGGGGUAUGAUUUGGCUAAAAGCGGGAGAAAUCACAUGCUUGUGGAUUUUGUUGAGUUCCCCUCGACCGCUUCCCCAAUAACAUGAGUAUUAAAUCCCCAGUAACAUGAGUAUUAAACUGACUAAGGUAAAAGAAAAUUUGGUGACAUUUUAUUUGCUAAUGUGAAGAGUGCUUAAACCUUGGGAGGGGUUGGCUGUUGUUGGAUAUUUGUGUGUGUUCAUUAAAGUGUUCUUUGAAUGAAUAUGUUGCUAUCCUGUAUGUGCUGUAGCAGUUAUCAUGUUCAUGAGAUUUGUAUAGAUGUUAUGAAAACAGCCAUGCACACCUGAAAUCUGCGAUACUCCAUCUUGGAGUAUAUUUCUAGAUAGUAUGGGGGUAGGAAUGAAUAUACAAAACACAGUCAAAUUUGGCAUAAACUGUAUAUUUGAAGACAGAGAUUUGUCUCUGUCGCUUUUGGAAACGAACUACUUAUCAUUCAUACCAGUUUUGUCAUACUGAACUUUGCACUAUUAUAUUACGCUUCAGUUUUACUUGAGGCUUACAUCCACUGAAAUCAAAUGAGUAUAUUUACAAUUAAAUGUGCUUUGGAUCACACCCACUACACUGGGGAUACUUGCCACUUGAGUGGUUUCUUUUAUAAUUGUGACCUAUUAUGCAUAUGUACUUGUAGCUGGUAAAACAAUGAACUGCUAUUGAUUUGUUGUGGUUGUUAUUCAACUUGUGUAGAUAUUUCUCAGCUUUUAUUGCUCCUGUCUAAUAGGUAAGGCAUGCAUCUCAUUCAACAAGAAAGACUAUAGAGGGGCCCUUGCCUACUACAAAAAGGCACUGCGCACUAACCCAGGUUGUCCAGGUAAGGAACAAAAAAGCUUCAUUUUAAUUAAAGACAUUGUUUGGUUCAUUGGGACCAAAAAUAGUGUCGCUAAAUUCAGGUAGUUUGAAUACUAACAUGAUUUUUAAGCUUUGACAUUUGUCUUUUGUCUUACAUAUUAAGGAGGACAAUCAUUGUCAUAGCUGACCUUGGGUCUUGCCAAUGCCACUUAAAAAGCAAUAGAGUAUUUUAAUUAACUGUGGAUUAAUCCAGUUGAAGUCAAAAUAAAAUGAAUGUGGUGCCUUUUUGUUGGACCUCUGCUGCUGAGAGAGUAUAAACUUUGGAGAUAAAUGCAUUAGUCAAGUACAGCAGAAAGCAAGUGCAAGCAUAAGAAGCUACAUUAUUGCAUUGAUCUAUCUGAGUCAAUGAGGUCUGUUACUGACAGUAAUUCUCUAGUCAGUGGUCUUUCCAAUAUUUGCUACCCAAGAUAUUUUCAGUGGAGUGCCAAGAUCAAUAUCCUGGGGUUUUAAAACAUGAGAAUGACCAUGUUGGAUCAGACCAAAAUUCAUUCUAGCUUACCUAGAUGCAUUUCAAGGUAAUAGCAUCUCUCCCCAACCCCACGCCACUCACCAGCAACUGGUAUUCACUGGAAUACUGCCACUGAGCUUUGAUGUCCAAUAGAGAGAUUAUCACUAGUAGCCAGUGACAGACCUAUUCUUUUAUGACUUUUCAUACACAGAACAUAUGCUCAGCCACUGAGCUAUGGCCUCUUACCUUCUUUCAGAAUACAUUAUUUCUGCCUCAUGGGAGAGUUCCUGGAUCUAUAGUUUUCCAAAAACAAAUUUGACAAGGGGUGGAGGUGGACUGGGGAAGCUAGGAUUUUUUCUUUGGCUCAAAUAUUAUUUCAAGCUGUAAAAUAACUUUAUGCCUUGUGGAGCUCACUCAUUUUGAGGCAUGCUUUCUAAGCCCUGAAGCUCAGUUCCAAGGCUGAGUUCAGAAUUUUGCUGGCAUAUUAAUCUGUAACAUUUAUUAAAAAUUUUAAGAAUUCUUGUUAAAAGUUGUGUGUUCUCUAGAAAAGCUUGCCUACAGAGUGAGAUAAUAUCCUCUUCUUACUCUUUGUUAUUGUUAUUUGUGUUGCUGCUGUAAUUUGAAGCCAGUAGUAGACCCCUAAUUUUCUAAUCCUUCUUAAAAAAAUUAAAAAGUUAUUCAUGCAACCAAGAAUUGGUGUACAUUUGGACACAUGAGGGGUAAAUAUGUGAAGGAGUGGGGGGCAUGCAAGCAAGCCACUUGAGGACUCCUCUCUCACCGUUUUGUGCAUUAGUUUCCCAAAUGCAGUUAGAAUGUGAGGGAGAGCAAGGACAAGCACACUAUCUCUGCCUUCUCUCUUGAGUCACAGUGCCUUUUUCUGCCGUCCUCCAUUCUUUGGAAGGCAAGCAUCUGCAGCACGAAGCCUUCUGUAUUUAUGUGGUCUCCCCAUGUAAUUUAGAACUCUAAUCAUGCAGCCGACAUAAGUACAGCAGGCUCCCCUCUGCAGACACUUGCUCUCCAACACAGGAGGGCACUGGAGAUGGGCACACAAGUUGGAGCUAGCACACUUGUCUCCAUCUUUCUUCUCCUUGCAUGAUGGGCAUCAUGCCUGAAGAGAGCUCAGGAUAAGUACAAACCUUUACUUAUUAGUUAGAAAGUCUGUGGGCAGGGACUGUUGCAAAUUAUUGCUAUCAUAAAGUGCCAAGUAGAGAUUUAAGGGCUCUAGAAACAGUAAAUUAUGAACCUACGUUUCUUAAAAGGCAAUCGAGGUGUGAAUGGCUAUGUUCUAAUAUAUGUUGUUGUUUUUUUCUGUCCCCACCCCCCACCCCAAAACUAGCUGAGGUUCGGCUAGGCAUGGGCCAUUGCUUUGUAAAACUGAACAAGCUGGAGAAAGCUCGCCUUGCAUUCAGCCGGGCACUGGAACUCAAUUCCAAAUGUGUUGGGGCUUUAGUUGGAUUGGCUGUUCUGGAACUCAAUAAUAAAGAGGUGGGUUUGAUCUAAAACGCUAAUAUCAGAAUAUGUUUCAUUGAAUGUCGAGUUAACAAAGACUUCUGUGCAGACAUGAAAAUUAACGGCAGUUGAAAUAAAAACCUCACUGUUCCCCAUUUUAAUGAAUGCAUAUUUCAUUUUCUCUAAUUUUGAGAAAUAAAAUAAGCUGUAAAGACAGUAAUUAAAAUAGAGCUGGUUUAAAUAUGAAUCAUUAGCCAUUGACCAGUGACAGGAUUUUUUUUACACUAGGAUCUUGGAUCAAAAACAUGACCUUCUGAAUGUAUUGGGCAAAAGUUUUCAGCAGAUACGUAGUCUACUGCAUUGUUUGCCCGUUAUGUGACCCAUCCAUUUUAAAAGAAUGGUUUUGGAAAUGGUAUAGUAAAGGAACAGCUGAAAAGCUAAUUAAGUUUUAAGCAUAAAUAAAAAUUUCUGUUAAUGUUGCUUUCAGGCGGAUUCCAUAAAAAAUGGCGUCCAGCUGCUUUCUAGAGCAUAUACAAUUGAUCCUAGUAACCCUAUGGUGUUGAACCACUUGGCUAAUCACUUCUUCUUCAAAAAGGUAAGAGCACUUGUGGAUGUUUUGAGUUGCUGGUUGAAAGUCUUUAGGCUGUUUCAUAAGUGAUCAGGCUUUCUAUUUCAAUAUUCUUUAUAACGCUCAUGGUAACACAGUAAAUUUGAAUCUCAGAAUAAUGUUUUUAACUAAAGACGAAGAAGAACCAGGCUUCAGUGGUGCUGUUGUUUUAAAAUAAUACGUUGGCCAGGAUUGCCUAAAGUUAUUUCUUAUUUUGUGAUUAUUGUUAUUAAAUAUAAUAUAUAUUUAAUAUAUUAUAUACAUACACCCUUUCAUUCUAGUUGAGAUUGGUUCACACUAGUUGCAGUGCUUGUUGAAGUUUAUAAGCACACAUUCCUCAGGCUUCUCUAUAUCACAUUCACAUGGAGAAAGUAGUGUAUAAGCCAGAAGUAGAUAGAUAUUUUGGUUAUAUAUAAUUGCUUCAGUUUCCAGGGUUGCGUCCUCCAAAUGCUUGAGGAUUUUAGUAUAUAAGAACCAUGUGUGAUAUUUAAAACAUUGGAAGAUCAGGUUUCUAGGUACUAAAUGUUCCAGGCCAUGAUUUUGAAUACCAUAAGAAAAUGAUUAUGCAAAUUAUAUAUUUUUUUCUACAGGACUAUGGCAAAGUCCAGCACUUAGCUCUUCAUGCUUUCCAUAAUACAGAAGUUGAAGCAAUGCAGGCUGAGAGUUGCUACCAGUUAGCCAGGUCUUUCCAUGUUCAGGUACUUGGAAAGCCUCUUUCUAUACUGCAUUCUUAUUUUUUAAAUAGAUUUCCAUGUGCACCAUAUAAACUACUUCUUUUUCCUCCCCUGCAUUAGGAAGAUUAUGAUCAGGCUUUCCAGUACUACUACCAAGCUACACAGUUUGCUUCCUCUUCUUUUGUGCUACCGUUUUUUGGACUUGGUCAAAUGUAUAUUUAUAGAGGAGACAAGGAAAAUGCAUCACAGUGUUUUGAAAAAGUUUUGAAGGCCUACCCUAACAAUUAUGAGACUAUGAAAAUUCUUGGAUCUCUCUAUGCUGCUUCAGAAGAUCAAGACAAACGAGAUACUGCGAAGGUACAUCUGGCAGCAAACCUCUUAGACUUGAGCUGUAAUUCAUACUCUCUUACCUAGGAGUAAGCCUUAUUGAACUCAAUGGGACAGAACUGAGUACACAACUGUAGAGUAUGUUAUGCCUGUUUUCCCCGUAAUGCUAACCCUAUAGCUUAGUGCAAAUAUGCAUGUUCUAGUAAACAAAGAACAAACUGUCAGAAAAACCACAAACCUGGGUUUGGACGUAAUGCUAAGCCAAACUAUGGCUUAGCCCUGGAUAGCCCAGAAGCAACAGGACGGGGGUGGGUGGGCUGUAGCACUGUGGCUGAGGUCCUUGUACCAGGAGCCCAUAUGUUUGGCUUAGCAUUGCAUCUGAAACAGGUCUUAGUGUUGUGCUAUCUGGAGAUUUUUUUUUCUUCAACAGUGGGUAGAAUUGUGGGAUAUUCUGAACCCUCUGGAAAACAAAAUCUAUGGUUGGUCUCUGAUUAGACAGACAUAUGUGGUACACCUGAGUAACAGAGAAUUUCUCCUCUUUUCAAUACAACAAAAAACACCAGAAGCUUGGAUAAAUGAACUUACUGAUGUGUGAACUGUUUUCAUGCAAUAUGUAUAUUCAUAAGUGAAAGCAGCACUUCUUUCCAGUUCAAAUACCCACCAUCUACUUCGAGUUCUGUGGUUCAUCUAUUCUAACGUUUUAGGCAUUAGUAACACAAUGUUCAUUGUGAUGCAGGCUGAUUUCACUGAAUUGACAGAGAUUUAUUUUUAAUGGCUCUAGUUGAGUGGUAUACAUCAGUAAAGUAUUGCCUUUAUCAAGGAAAAGCAAGAACAUGGAGGACCUUUGUUCCACAGAUUAGGAAAUUUCAAACUGUGCAGAUGCAGUCCCAGAACGCCAUAGUAAGACGCUGUAUAUUGAAAAUUGUUAAUCUGGCAGACUUUCAUUCUCAUGUUUAAUAGUUGGGUCAGUUUAACAAGGUUUUUUUUAUUAUGGUAGUUAAUGUCUGUACAUCUGGAGUUUAUUAACUUUAUUGAAAUGCCUCUGACCUAGUCAAGAAUCCUAUUUUUGGCAUUAAAAAGUGUAAAAUAAAUGGUAGCUUUAUUAUGCUGUGUCUUCUGGCAAUUUAAGAGUGUACACAUACAUAAAUAACCUUUGUAUUUUAUAGGGUCAUUUGAAGAAGGUGACAGAACAGUACCCAGAUGAUGUAGAAGCCUGGAUUGAGCUAGCCCAAAUCCUAGAGCAGACAGAUAUACAGGUAUGGAGAAGAUGCAUAAAGUGCACUUUUGUUUUUAAGCCGAGCAGUGAUGCAUAGAACUAAACCUGGGCACUUUUCUCCAUCUCUAAAUUUGACAGGGUGCUCUUUCUGCUUAUGGUACGGCAACACGAAUCCUUCAGGAGAAAGUUCAAGCUGAUGUCCCUCCAGAGAUCUUGAAUAAUGUGGGUGCUCUCCACUUUAGACUUGGAAACUUAGGAGAAGCAAAGGUGUGGAACUCAUUGGUUUUUUUUAAUUAUUAUUAUUAUUAUUAUUAUUAUUACUACUACUACUACUACGUACUACUUUGCAGCAUGCUUAUAACUUGUGCUAUGUGUGUACUCAGAAUAUAUACUACUUUGUUCCCUUUCCCCUGUUUAUCCUUAGAAAUACUUCUUGGCAUCUCUUGACCGUGCUAAAGCAGAAGCUGAACAUGAUGAGCAUUACUACAAUGCUAUCUCAGUGACUACAUCCUACAACCUUGCCAGAUUAUAUGAAGCAAUGUGUGAAUUCCAUGAAGCAGAGAAAUUGUACAAAAACAUCCUAAGGGAACAUCCUAACUAUGUUGACUGUAAGAAAUCUUGUCGAAAUUUUCAGUUGUAUUUGAACUAUGCCAUUCAUUCAUGUUUGUCCUCAUAAAUGUAACUGUUCAUUCACUGAUGCUUUCUUUUGUGUAAACCAUUGUGGCCAAACUGCAAGCAGAAUGUACCUUCCUGGUCAAAAGUAUUUUUUCCACUAACUUGUUCCUACAAAUCUGAUGUCCUUAAAUACUGUCAGUAUUUUAUUAAUUUAGAAGUCUAAACCGCUUAAUUUUUCCUCACUUUCGAUGUGUGUGUAAAUAGCAAAUAUGAGAAUCUCCUAUAAAAGCCUCUGUAAAUACACAUAACCAAAAAAGUUUAUAAAGCUCAUCAUGAUACUGACAUUGUGUGUACAGUGGUACCUCGCAAGAUGAAUGCCUCGCAAGACAAAAAACUCGCUAGACGAAAGGGUUUUUUGAGCUGCUUCGCAAGACGAUUUUCCCUAUGGGCUUGCUUUGUAAGACGGAAACGUCUUGCAAGUUUGUUUCCUUUUUCUUAACACCGUUAAUACAGUUGCGACUUGACAUUGAGGAGCAACUCAUUUGUGUGGUAGUGUGUGUGGCCUUUUUUGAGGUUUUUAAAGACUUUGGUGAUUUUUGAAGCUUUUCCAAAACUUUCCCGACACCGUGCUUCGCAAGACGAAAAAAAUCGCAAGACGACAAAACUCGCGGAACGAAUUAAUUUCGUCUUGCGAGGCACCACUGUAUAUAUAAAAGAUAUAGAUGGAGUACAUUGUGCAAGUUACCUUGAAACAGAGCAGCCUUCUUUGUUAUGUCAGUUCAGUUCAGUACCGUGGGAGACAUUGCAACUAUAAGUGGCAGGUUCUGCAUUGUUCCCAUAUAUUUUAAGGAUCAUGUGAAAGUGAUUAGUGUUGCCCCCACCAAGCCCCUUUUUCUAUGGUCAAUUCAGAGAGACAAAACUUUUUUUAAUUAUACAUCUGGCAAUCAGUGGCUGUUCAUUGCACAGUUAAUACUGACCCAAUCUACUGCUGUCUUAAGCCAGUGUGGCAUCAGUACAUCUAAAUGCUUGCUGCAGCUGACAUGCCUCAUCUUUAAUGACUUCCAGAACUGGGCUUUUGAUUAUUAAAUUUUAUUUUUUGGUAUUCAGGCUAUCUGCGCUUAGGAGCAAUGGCUAGAGAUAAAGGAAACUUUUAUGAAGCUUCUGACUGGUUUAAAGAAGCACUUCAAAUCAAUCAGGUUAGUAAGAAUUUGUAAACUAUCAACUAGCUUACAGGCUGCAAAUAAACAUUCUCUGUGAAGAAUGCAGAGAACAUUUUCCUGUGUCCCACAUAGAUCAGCUAUUCAGCCUUCAUUCUGUGCUAGAAAUGGCAUUUUGAUAAUGUAUCUUUAUUAUGACUAGCUGGGGUACACAGGGAAAAAUUCUUGGCAGCUGCUUUUGAGCAUUACUCCCAACGCUUGACCAGAAUGGAAGAGAAGUAAACUGUUUAAGGGGGGGGGGGGAAUCAAAUAGCUGAACUUAGUAAAGACUUUUUAUUAUUAUAAUUCUCUUCUGCACUGUUACAGUUACUCUAAACUUUGGGGAUUGAAGGAAAAUUAGAAAUAUUCAUUGUAAACUGGUGAGAACUUAGCAUGUUGGGGUGUCUGUUUCAGGACCAUCCAGAUGCUUGGUCCUUGAUUGGCAAUCUUCACUUGGCCAAACAAGAGUGGGGUCCAGGACAGAAGAAAUUUGAAAGAAUAUUGAAGCAGCCAUCGACUCAGAAUGACACUUACUCUAUGCUGGCUCUUGGCAAUGUGUGGUUGCAGACUCUGCACCAGCCCACCAGGGACAGAGAGAAGGUAAAUGCUGCACAUGUUCAGACUCCAUGCCUGUGGCCUGUUCAGUGAUUGAGCAUUAUUUGCACCAUAGACCAAGUGAGGUCCAGGGAGCCAUUUUUACCAUCUGUGCUGACUUUGCAGUAGGUUUGAACAGCAACAACAGGGUUUUUAUGGUGAUUGCAACCGUGAAUAUCUUCCUUUGCUAUCUUAAUGGGGCUAAAAGAUCUCUCUCCUUCAAAAGGUUUUUGGUUGACUGAACUUUCUGAGGAUGUUAGGUGCUUAUAUUGCGGUGGCUUUAGUGUAUUGUCAACAUUUGAUGGUUUGAGAAAGCGGUGUUGAAAUAUUUAAAUUGCAAAUAACCCACUUUAACAAGAUUUCAUGUCAUCAUCUUUGUAGGAAAAGCGUCAUCAAGAUCGUGCACUAGCCAUCUACAAACAAGUACUCAGGAAUGACUCCAAAAACUUGUAUGCUGCUAAUGGCAUAGGUGAUUAUUGUGUUUGGAUUCCUUGUCUGAAUUUUCUUCUGAGCUUUCUGCUGUGUUUCAGGUAGUCCAUACAUCUGAAAUUGUCCUUGGGCUUUUGUUUUUUAGGAGCUGUACUGGCACACAAAGGAUAUUUCCGUGAGGCUCGUGAUGUUUUUGCCCAAGUGAGAGAGGCAACAGCAGAUAUCAGUGAUGUGUGGCUCAAUCUGGCACACAUUUAUGUGGAACAGAAGCAAUACAUCAGUGCUGUACAGAUGGUAAUUCUUAAAAAAUUGUCUGGUUUUUUUUAACUGUAAAACUAAGAAACUAUUUUUCAUGGGAAUGAUUCCCUUUUUUAGAAAAAAAAAAGCUUUAGUAUGGUAUCCCAGUAUUAAAUAACUAAAAUUUAGGGAGAAUUUUUCUUGUUUUGGAGGGGGCAAUAAGAUCAAGAACUUGUUUUUCCCAGAAUUGCCAUAAAAUAUCUUCUUAAAUACGAUCUUCAUAAAAUCAAUAAGGAGCCAUCUCUGUUAAACCUAAGCUACAAAUAUGAAUCACCAGAUGAAACAUCUCUUUAAUUUUAAAAAAAAAAAAUGGAUGGAAGGUUUGUGAGAGAACACUUAUUUAAAAAAAAAACUGCAAAGAAGUUAACAUGUUUGCUGUUCCUGUAGAAACCUUAGAGUAAACAUCCUGAACAAAACUUACACAGUAUUGGCAAAACAAUGUUUGCCCACCUCUCACUUAAGCAUCAUUCUCUGUGUUAGAUAUUUGUAGUACAGCUGAAAUGCUAGUUAGAGGUAUUUGAUUUGACUAUGGUAAAUUGUUAGGCAGAAAUUGUUGCCAGACAUUAUAUACUUUUUUUUUUUUUUUACUACUAACAGACAAAUUUACUACUAACAGACAAAUUUAUCUUUUCUUUUAACUUGCUAUUCUUUUCCUUUAUCGACCUUUCCACCACAUGUUAAGAGGACCUUGUAGCUGAAAGCAUGAGGAUGGGAACAAACUUCACCAAAGAAGUGUGGUGUUCAAACUACCACCUGGUGUAGAAAAUGCCAUGAAAACAUAGUGGGCAAACGCGCCCUAAGCUGCCUGUACAGGCUUAGGGAAUGUAUUAGAGGCUCUGUAUCAAGCCUUAAGCAGACAAACUUCCAAGUUCCUAGUAUUGCCAAUGUCAUUGCACUAAAAAGGCAUGAAAUGUUGAGCUAGUAACAUCUGUGUUCUUGAAUUUAUUACGUAAGCAGGAGAUAUGAAGGGGGGUCAAAAUAAAAGCAGCUGGGGUGUUGGAGAAAUGUUUUUCUGCCGCUCUUAAAAACAUGUCAAGUGACUUGGAACAGUUCCAUGAAAUUAACACCAAUAUAAGUUGGUAUGUUCAAAAAGCAGUGAGGAAUAAUCCAGCUGAAUAAUUGCGCAAGAAAGAAAACCAGUAAUGUACUAUCCACAAAUAUGGGAGAGUAUUUCAGCAUUUGCAGUCAAGAAACUUAGCACAAUAGGAGUUUUGAAAGUAGUGAGAAACCUAUACUUCACUCACCUUACCAAUAGCUUUAUCUUCAGAAUGGUGUAUUUCUUUAUCUCUACUCUUGCAUAAUGUGUGUUUAAAUCAUUACAGAAUUGUAUUAUUUGCAUUGGAAAACCUACUUAUUGGCAAUAUAAUCUUAAUUUGAACUGAGUUGGAAUAGUAGUAUUCUAAAUCUCUGCAGGGUACAAGGUGAAUGGUUCCCCUUUGUUUUCAUAUAGUCUAGUUAAUGUGAUUUUCAGACAGUGUUCUUCAAGGAAGAUGAACAAAGGCAGACAAGCUUUCCUGAGAAGCAAGACUCUCCAGCAUAUCAUCCCCUGCAGUGCACAGUUGCAAGGAAGUGUUGGCCUGCACUUCUCCCUAGUUUGCAUAGGGCAGGCCCAAGGGGUCUGGACUGCAGCCCGGGUGACAUGAGCAUACCAUAAAACACAACUCAGAGUCCUCUGCUAUAUGCAGGGAUUCUUUCAAAAAUUUGUAGGAUUUCCUCAGACUAGCUGAGAGAAAAAUGCUCCUGGAUAUGGAGUCUGAAAAACACUGGACUAGAUAGCUCAGUUGGUUAGAGCAUGGUGCUGAUAAUGCCAAGGUUGUAGGAAAGGCAGUUUGGCCCUGACGCUAUAGCAGCAUCGGAAACACCCAUGCUGCUACAAGAUUUAAUCUCUGCAACAGAAACAAAAAACUCUACACUUGCACUAUAUAAAACCCUGCUCAACAGGAAGAAAUAUGAUUUAGAAUAUGAUAGACAAAAAUGGAGUGAAGAGUUAGGGGUACAUAUAACAAAUGAUAUAUGGGAGUCAAGUAUAAAAUCAACAGAAAUAGCCUCUAUGGAUCUAAGACUAAGACUUAUUCAACAGAAAAUAAUAUUCAGAGUCCAGGGGACUCCAGCAAAACUAUACCAGAAGAAAAUAGCAACUGUUGGAGAUAUGGGAGUAAAAAUGAGAAUUUAGUACAUACGAUGAUUAACUGCCCGAUGGUAAGAUCAUUUUGGUGCGAGGUGAGGAUAUUUAUAGCAAGAGUAAUAAAAAGAAAUUGUUAUUUAGGGGAAUUGAAUUUAAUUCUAAAUUAUAUUCCAGAAACGGAGAUUUCAAGGGGUAAAAAAAAAUAUGGAUGUACUGUGCUAUAAUACAAGCAAAAAAUCUUGUUUUGAUGAAUUGGAAGAGCCACAAAAAGAUUCCAUUGAGCACAUGGAUUGAGAAUAUGGACAGAUUAGCUGCAUACAAAUGAAUUGCAUGUUGAUGCAAAAUAAGAAUGGAUAAAUAUGAAGAAAUCUGGAACGAAUAUUUAAGCGAUAAGGCAGCUAGUGGUGGGAAGUAGGAGGAGAGAGAGGUGGGAAAAUAUUGUUUAAAAAGGUAUAGUCAUAGGUAUAUCAGUGUAUUCAAAUCUGAAUUGUCAAAUUGUGUUGUUGUUAUGGUUUUUGUUGUAUGUGUCUUUUGCGGUUGUUGUUUGUAUCGAAAAAAUGAUUAAAUAAAUGUAAAAAAAAGGUUGUAUGUUUGAGCAACUGCAUACCCCCACAUUGCAGGGGGUUGGACUAGAUGAUCCUCAGGGUCCCUUCCAACUCUAUGAUUCUACACUCUACAUUCUGUAAAAAUACACACACUCUCACAACUAUAAAUCACUCCUUAGUGAAAUGGGUGUUGACUGCAGGUGCAGCAUUGGAUACAACCCAUAUUUUUUUCCCCUGCCUUGAAACUUGCAUAAUAAAUUUCAGCAGUGACUGUUCAGAUGAUGUAUUCCAAGUGAAGAAGUGGAAACCUCAUUUUGCCUGUAGUAUCUGAGGCUUCUAGGCUUGAAGUUAGCAACACAUUGCAUUGUAGUGCUUACUGUCUGGAUUCCUGCUAUAAUGAAGAGCUGCAGACGUCUUAGCAGACACAAACAGUAGACCUCAUAACUUAUUAGUCAUUUAAUUAGUUAUUGGCAGCAAUGAGAGCUUCCUUACUGUGCAGGUUCAGGGUUUUAUUUUCAAGGUUGCAAUGUGGGAGGAAAAGGUUUUUUAAACAAUCCUUCCCAUGUGUCUGCUACUUGAAGUUGAGAAAAAGAGUCAUGCAUAUGGAGAAGACAUGAUUAGCAUCCUGUUAAAUUUGUCUCUGAGCCCUGUGGAACUCCAAAGGACUUAACCAAGCGAACAAGCUUAGGAUUGGGCUGUAAAUUCCUGUGAAAUCUCUUUAAGCUCUUUAUUCAAUGUAACUAAGUGCGACAUUUCAGUCAGAAUGAGGGUUUAAACAUAAAACCAUUGAAUUUUCUCCCUUGUAGUAUGAAAACUGCCUAAGAAAAUUCUAUAAGCAUCAGAACACGGAGGUACUGUUGUAUUUGGCUCGAGCUCUCUUCAAAUGUGGCAAAUUACAAGAAUGCAAGCAAACAUUGCUGAAGGUAAAAAAAAAAAAGCUUCUUACAUAUAUUGCUGCAGUGGAUGUAUUGUUGCACCAGCUUGUUUGUGUCGGAGGCAAGGCUGGUUCACACCUACUAAAUUUAAAGUUUUAUUUGAAUCUUCAGGCUAGACAUGUGGCACCCAGUGAUACUGUUCUAAUGUUCAAUGUGGCCUUGGUGCUGCAGAGGCUGGCUACCUCUGUCCUGAAAGAUGAAAAAAGUAACCUGAAGGAAGUACUCAAUGCUGUGAAAGAGCUGGAGCUGGCUCACAGGUAAGCAAAUCUGCAUUUGCUAUUUUGGUAUCUAUUAUUGCAUUGUGCUGGUGUUUUGUGAAGGUGUCAGAGCAAAUGCCAAACACUAGUUAUUUCUUUGCACAGCUUUGUAAAUGUGUUUAGACUCAGGUAGACCUCUCAGAUCCACCAGAUGCUGUUUCUUAACUACACUGUUGAAUUAAUUUUGUUAAUUCAGUUUAUUUUCUGCUUUUUACACAAAACCCGCUAGAGUGGUUUAUGUAAUAAAACUUGGAAACACAAAAACAUCCAGUCUACAGAUACAGAUAAAACUCUACAGUAUAUCCAAUAUACAGAAAAAGAACAGACUUGAAACUGUCCAAUCCAGCAGCAGCAACUCUCAAUAAAAUAUAAAUAUACUGAACCUCCCGCUAAGGUCUGUAUUAAAAGAUGCAUCUUCCAGUUUGAAACUGUGCUUCACUAUGUAAUAACUUCCAAAAAUGAAUGAAUGAUACUUACAGAAAGUUGAAAGACUUGCUUCUUGCUUCAAUAACCUCCUCCAGUUGCUAAUCUCUGGAGCUGCAGCUGGAUGGGCAAUUAACAUGCAGUAGGAGCAGCAGUCAUGAAAGUUCCCAAGAGAACCUAGAAAGCACUGGGAGCUAGAAGGUGAAGGAUAGGCUUUCAGACAUCCAGCUGCCGUGACCUUCAAAGGCUGCUGUAUUUCUUGGCACACAAGGACAAUUUUUAGACACCAGGGCACUCCAAACAGAAGUAACCUAUGACUUGGGACUAGGUAGCUAUAUUGCUUCUAUGCUGGAAGCUUGUUUAAAAGAUGCAAGCUUCUAGUUAUACUUCAUGCUUCACUGUAUAUAUGCAGGCAAUUGUUUUUUCUCAUAGUGUUACAGUGCUUUUUGCAAUAUUUACGGGUGUGAGCAUGAUUACCUGUGCCAAAUAACCUGCCUCCUCUCUCAGUCUCAUUUGCUUGAGAUUUCCAUUAAACAGUUGUUUGACAGGUUCUGCAACAUCUUUCCCUGCAACAAGACUUUCCCUGAGCAUCUGUGAGAAUGAUUCAGUCCUUCACAAAAAGGGUACACCAUGCAAUCCAAAUCCAUUAAUAGCUGUAGGGAUUUUUCUGUUGACUUUAUACUGAGAAGUGAGAUGCAUCCAAAGUAGUUUGGGAAUAUUUUUCAGUUGGAAGUUGGAAAAAUACAUGUGAAGAAAGUUCUAGGAUGCAACUGAAGUGUUUAAAAUUUGAUUCUUAACUUACUGUUUUACAUUCAGAUACUUCAGUUACUUGAGCAAAGUGGGAGAUAAAAUGAGAUUUGAUUUGGCACUUGCUGCAACUGAAGCCAGGUAAGAAAUGUGUGUUGUGUACUUCACAUAACUGAUGCCUACAGAAGCUAAAUAUAUUAUGUGAAUUUGCAUAACAUAACUUGUAGGAUUUGGGCUACUUUAAUACCAGAGUUUGAAAGCAAACUACAUAUAACCAUAGCAUGAUUCCAUGUUCCAGUGGGGUGCUAAUUCAGGUCUCACAUAUCUCCUGAACAGGAAGCUGACAGUGAUCAGUCCUCCGUUGGUUAGCUAGGAACUGGCAGAUGUGGACAUGCAACACUGGUUGUGUUCACAUGUCACAAUAAGCCAUAGUUUAAUGUUUAACAAUGGUUUGAAGUGAAUGAGCAGGAUGCUGGUGCAUGUUGCUCAGAAGUCCCUGCUUUGCUUCUGCCCUGCUCUUGCCCUCAUCUCAAGCAACAAAUUGCAAGCCUCAUCUUGUCGUCUGAACUUAGGUCAAUGAUUUGUUUCUCUGCAUUCAAAUUAUGAGCAUAAGUUUUGAUCAUGGACUGUUUGGGGGAACUUGCUGCAUAGACAGUUUUUCCUUAUACUGUGUUCUUGUUGUUUAACCAAGUAAUCACUUGCAGUUUUUUAGCUAUACUCCGUAUUUCUGUCUUGGCCAUUGGCAUGGAACACACUCUUUUAAAAAAGGUUUCUGCUUCUGUCUGCUAAUCUGAACUCAAACUUGAUAGGCAGUGUUCUGAUCUGCUGAGUCAGGCUCAGUAUCAUGUGGCUCGGGCUCGUAAGCAGGACGAAGAAGAGCGGGAGCUGAGAGCGAAACAAGAGCAAGAAAAAGAACUACUGCGCCAGAAGUUGCUCAAAGAACAGGUACUUCAGUCUUUCUCCUGCUGUAAUAGUACAUAAUACUAUCCAUUAAGCUGCAGCAAAGUGCAAGAUAGGGAGCAAGUGUAAGGCUGCAGUGAGGUGCUUUAAGUUGUUGUGUGGCACUUAGGGGGACUUGCCUGUGUAUUACAUUGUAUAGGUUUUGCAGCUGAAAUAGAUAUGGAAGGGGGGUGUUGGUUUUGGUAACUAGGAACUGAGUAAGUAUUGCACUAUGUGCACUGCCACCUAUCUGGUGUGGUGUAGUGGUUAGAGUGCUGGACUAGAACCUGGGAGUUCAGGGUUCAAAGUACACCAUGAGCCUCACUGAGUGACCUUGGGUCAGUCACCACUUGUCAGCCUUACCUACCAGACAGGGUUGUUUCAGGGAUUAAUUAUGGGGGCAGAGAACCAUGGAUGCCACCUUGAGCUUCUUGGAGAAAAAGGUGGGUUAUAAACAAAAUACAUAAUAAAUAGCAGUACAGUCGUACGUUGGAAGUCAAACGGAAUCCAUUCCGGAAGUCCGUUCAACUUCCAAACGUUUGGAAACUAAAGCGCAGCUUCUGAUUGGCUGAAGGAAGUUCCUGCAGCCAAUUGGAAACCGCAUCGGACAUUAGGCUUCCAAAAAAAAUUUGAAACCAGAACACUCACUUCCGGGUUUUGAUCGUUCAGGAGCCGAAAUGUAUGAGUACCAAGGCAUUCAACAACCAAGGUACAACUAUACCUUACUUUUCAGUGCAUGAGCAACAUGCUAUAUGCAGUGGGUUUUCAUUUUGUUUCACAGCAGAUCUUUCAAAGGCAGCUCAUGCACUGUCAGGUCUUUGUGUCAUGAAGAACCUAAGUGACUCUUCAGCAGUAGUCUGACUUACUAAAAAGAAUGAACCUGUUUUAGGUGUCUAUUGCUAAAUUUGUGUUUUUCAUAUCUGCAUCAGUACUGUUGGUUAAAAAAAAAAACAUAGUAGCCAGCUUGUCCUCACUCUUCCAGGAAGAAAAACGCCUCAGGGAAAUAGAAGAACAAAAGAAACUUUUGGAACAGAGAGCACAAUAUGUGGAGAAGACCAAGAAUAUUCUGAUGUUCACUGGAGAAGUUGAAGGAUCUAAAGAGAAAAAACGUGGUGGAGCUGGCCGGGUACAGAAUAAAAGCUUUUGGAUUCAUCAUUCACCCCAAAUAGUUGAAAUGUGCUGUCAGGCUUUAACUUAUUGUAAAAUUGACCUGUGGGGUCUGACAAGAGUACAGUAAUGACAUCAUACUUUACAUGGAAAGAACUAUGGAGAAAUGAUGUCAAAUUUUAGACACUUAAAGACAAGAGUUGGAAAGUUGUUUAAACUUCUGUUUUACCAGUUUAGAAUGUCAUGGAUUUAUUUAGAAGUGCAAAGAGAAGUGGCUUUCUUUUUUAACUUUAAAGGGAAUUAACUCACAUAGGCUGAUUUACCUUUUCUGUUCCCCUGAUAGUCUGUUAACAUCCAGCAUAAGAAUGUAUCAUUGUUUUCUGUCACUUACCACCACUACUUCCUUUUUAGUACAUCAACCAAAAGCUAUUUCAGAGUAUAACUAAUAUCCAAAUACUCUUCCCAUCUUCUUGCAUUUUUUCCUUUACUGCAAUUGAUCAUCAGCUUCUUAACAUUGUACUCUUCUUCCUUCUCUCUAUAUUGAUUUUUUAAAUUCAUGGGCCCUUAUCUAUUUGUCACCCGUCUAUUAAUUUUGAUUAUCACGGUUUAAUUCUGCUGUUCUUUAUUUGUGAUACUGCAUAGAAAUUUCUUAAAUAAAAGAUCAAAUCUAAUACAGCUUUAAGUUACAUGCACUCUAUGUGCAUCUAAUGUGGCUUCUAAAAGGGUUUUUUUUUGGGGGGGGGUCUUUUCAAGCAGCAACUAAUAAAGGAAGUGUUUCUGAUUUUGUGACAGCGUUCCAAACGAACUGGGGAAUUUGAUGAAUUUGUCAAUGAUGACAGUGAUGAAGAUCUCCCAGUGUCUAGAAAGAAAAAGAGGAGAAAGGGUAGCGGUAGCGAACAAGAUGGUGAGGAAGAAGAGGGGGAGAGAAAGAAAAAGAAGCGACGAAAGUAAGUAGAAAGAAAGAGCAGAACUCCUUUGGUGGGGAUUCAGAGGACUCUAGGGGGACUUCUUAUUAGUACAAUGGAGCUUCUGAGCUCCCCUCUUCCUUAAGUCCCUCAAACCGCUGCCUGAUGCAUCACUUCCCAAACUCAAGGAAACUUAGAGAAGCUUUUGAUGGGCCACAAGGAGCUUGGGUAGGAUGGGGUUGUGGGGGGAGUCGAAACAUCUUGGGUGUGUCUUCAUUUAAAUGCUUUUGUAUGCCUAAAGAAUGUUUAGAUCCCGCGGUGUCUAGUAUAUGCCACAAGGAACAAGAACUAACACACAGGCUUAGUUCACAUGAUUAGGAUACUAUAGUUAUAAGACUGAAUUGAAUUGUACUUUGUGUUUAUAUGUGCCUUGUGUUUUUCUCCAAAGACCCCAAAAGGCAGGUGAUGGUACUGAUGAUGAUGAAAAUGACAGUGCACCCAGACCUAAAAAACGUCGCCCAGCAAAGACUGAGAAGAAAAAAGCAGUAUGUUUUUUUAAAAAGUUAAUAAAUAAGUAAAUCAUUAAUUGGUGUUUUGGUUUAGCGGAAUUGCAGUAAUUUGGGAUCAAAGGUAACAAGAUUAAUUAUGCUUCUAAGCUUUGGAAAUAAUUGACCAAACCAGGAUUCUGGUUUGACAUUCUGUCUUAAUUCUGUGGUUUAAACAUACCACAGUUACUCAUAUACAAAACAGAACUGGAAAUAGCAGUUAUCAACAGAGAAUAGGAGUUUCAGACUUCUUUCCUUCAUAUGCAAGGGAUGGAGCACACAAGGCCAGGGCAUGUAACAACAUGUCUGAUUGGUUACCUCUAAAUUCAGUCGUAGUCUACUGACAUUCUGUAUUGUAAUUCAGAUUUUCUUAAACUUGGUCUUUUUUAAUUGCUUUUGUGUGAUUGUCUGCCAUAUAAUUAGAAGAGGUAGCUGAUACAGCCAUCACCCCACAGCCAUCUAAUACAGGGAUAUAGAACCUGUUGCCAUCCAGGUGUUUCCAGGCUACAGCUUCCAUUAUUCCUGAACAUUGGCCAUAUGGCUGGGGCUAAUGAAAGUAUAAUAGUUGAAUGUCAGGUUUUCUUUUUAAUCUUUUAACACUUUUUUGUUGUUGUUAUAGCCAAAGCCAGAACGACUGCCUCCUUCAAUGAAGGGUAAAAUCAAAUCUAAAGCCAUCAUUUCAUCAAGCGAAGACUCAUCUGAUGAAGAUAAGCUCAAGAUUGCUGAUGAUGGGUACAUAGUGUUUAUGAUCCUAGAAAUAGUGUUGUUUGACCCUUGUACAACGUAAUCAUCAUCCUCAUCAAUGCACUUCUAAUUCUGGGAGUGUGGUUUGUUUAGUCUGAGCACACAUGAGGAGCCACAGUCCAGAUCGGUUUAAUUCAUGGUAACCUAUUAAUUGUGGUUUACUGUGAUAUGCGAAUUGGGCCCAUUGAUGAAGACUCAUUAAGUAAAUGUGUACAUAAUGUUGUGAUUCCACAUCACUAUCCUGCGUAUGUAAUGUUUUGUACUCUUAACUAUUGGUGCAUACUUACAGCUUGCAGGUUCCAUCUCCUCCUAUUUCCUACAUGGGUUUGUGGGGUCAAACAUACUUUGUGAACCUUUAAUUGGGCCACAGUGGCUGUGACUUUGUAGAGAGUGUAGAAAACACAAAAAGGCAUUGUAGUUUUCACAGAAUUGCAUUUCCUGCACAUUUCCCAACUUUCAUUAAAUCAAGACAAAGCAAUCUUUUCAUUGCAAAGAUCUGUUAGGUGUCGGAAACGUGGCAGAAUGAUUGCUGACAUUUCAGGAGCGUCAGAAGUGACAAGGUGUCCAUGGGGCAGGGCUUCAGAACUCUGCAUAGCUCCAUGCCCCUCUCUGAGAUUAAUAGAUGGCACAGAGUAGCAAAAAGAGGUAGAAUAAACUGGAAGAGAUUCAGGCUUCAUUUGCAUGUUGCAGACUUGAACUUGUCACAGGGUUUAUAUUACUUUGGUGCGGAAUUUUGGGGGCUUUUUGAGCACAGCCCUUAGUACAAAGUUUAUCGUUUCACUUGGGAUGUUUGCCUUACUGCAUUGCCUUCUGCUCUUGAACAGGAAUGCCAGGAACAGCAACAGUGAUUCAGAUGAUGCUGAGCAACCACGCAACAAACGCGUCAUGUCUGACAGUGAUUCGGACAAUAGCAAUAAGUCUGGCAGUGAAGGGGGCAGUCCCAGGCGAUCCAGCGCCCGCCCUUCUGAUGAAGAUUCAGACAGUGAUGGGUCAGCAAGAAAGAGGAGGCGAUCUGAAUCUGAACAGUCUGACAACGAAUCUGUGCGCUCGGGGAGAAGUCCGUCUGUGCGCUCGGGGAGAAGUCAGUCUGUGCAGUCAGGGAGAAGCCACUCAGGUGGUUCUGAGAAUGAAUCUCGCCCAGCUUCUCACAGUGCUGAUUCUGACAGAGAUUCUGACAGGGCAUCUGAUCAUGGGGGCUCAGGUAACGAGUCUGAGCCAGAGGCAUCCAACAAUGAAGGAUCUGAACGCGGCUCGUACGGCGGAUCAGAUGACAGUGAUUAGAUUUCAGCUGCAACCUGUUUUAUUAACUGCUUUGUAAAUAUAUUUUGGUUCGAGAGGGUGGGGGGAAGAGGAGGGUAUCCAUAUUUUAUAUUUGAAAACUGUGAUUUAAAAACCUGGACAGCUAUGUUUUAGGGAAAAGUAUAUAUUAAAAAAAAAAAGCUGAAACAUUUCCUAUAACAUUUUUUCUACUGAACUAUACACUUGCCAGGGUUCAUCUACAGUAUCUACUUGCAUUCUGUACUUGGAGGUCAAUGUGCUGUAUUGGGGGUUAAGAAGCUUACUUUAUCAGAGUGCACAUAAGAUCUGAAGAAACAAAAUACCAAGAUAGUUAUCCUGCAUCCAGAUACGUUUGCUUAAGACCUUCUGAAACAAAUGGUACUUAAACAAAUUUAACUGAGUGGAAGGCUGUAGCUCAUACUGUCUUGCCUAGUCUGAUCAAGUGUACUUUUUCAAAACUAUAUAUGUGAAAAGGGAUUUUGGUAGAACUCCCAUGAAUUUCUCAAGUGAUAUAAAAAAUGUUCAGGUUUACAGAGUAGUCCUUCAGGUUAUGUAGCUCUUAUAAAGUAUAGUUUUACGUUUUGUUAAAGUACGUAUGUGCUGUAGCAAAAUGCCUAAAAUUGAACAAAAUGUAUAAAAAUAAUGCUAUGGAAACAUAGAUGAAUGUCAGAUUUGAGACUUGGCAGUUUUUAAAGAAAUGAUAAAUUAAGAGGCCUCCUUGGAGUGAAAAGAUCUGUUUAUGGCAUCUAAUAAAAGCUGUUGCUGCCAUCUGG